AUGGCGGAUGUAGAUGAGUGGAGAGGGGCCAGUUUUAAGCAAGAAGAAGAUCACAGCGAGGCCACCACGAGCCUUCUUGAAAAGAUCAAUGCGACCACCAUUCCUGUGUUACUGCGUAGCACCAAUAAGAGCUUGCAAGAUCUUGUAGACGAGUUACUAACCCUUGAGAAGAUUGCUCGCCUCGGUGGGGAUGCACUUUCCACCCAGCGGCUUGCUGUGGAGGUGAUCCGCGUUUACCGUGUGCAGGGUGACUACGCCAAAAUGUUGCUUGUGCUUGAGAUGCUCAUGCGAAAACGGGGCCAGACGAAAAUGACACAAAGUGCAAUGAUUGCGGAGUGCGCUGUGAUGAUAUCCGACGCCUCACUACCAAAAGAGAGUCGCCGAGAAGUGCUGGAGCGGGUCGUGCACUUGACAGACAGCAGGAUUCAUGUAGAGCUCGAACAUGCUCGUUUUGCCAUUGACUUGGCAAAACUCAUGGAGAGCGAAGGGCAGAAACGUGCGGCGUGUGACUUGUUGAGCGGGCUACAUGUUGAAACUAUCACCAACAUGCCACGUGCCGAAAAGCUGGACGCACUGAAUUGCCUUAUCCGGCUCUGCCUGGAGUUGGAGGACUAUGAACACACACCGCUUGUGUCGCGCCGAAUUAACCACCGUGCGUUGGCUCGUGCAGAAUCGCGGGAGGCCAAGUUGACGUACUUUGAGCUCAUGCGUCAUUACUACACGCAGCGUAAAUCGUACUUCAAUGUGGCGCGUUGCUGGUAUGAGACAUACCUCACGGAGACCGAGGAGGGCGCCAAGCUCGCAGCCCUCAGCAGCAUGGCUGUGCACUACCUUAUUGCCGAGCACGCCACCCCAAAGGCCUUGGAGGAUCUCGCCGAAUGCACCGCCUUUUCUCCCGCCACGUAUUUCGCCGAGCGCAAUGCUGCCAUUCAGGGCAUCACGACUAAGUUACAGAAGCAGCUGGAGGAUAUCCCACAACUGCAGUAUCUUCUGCAGCGGUUUACCAGCAUUGAGCUCAUCCGCGAGAAAGUUGCUCGGGAAGUGGAGACGCUGUGCGCAAACCAUCCACAACUUGCGGGUCACGAGGAUCGCCAGUUGCUUCUGCGAAGCCGCUGCAGUGAACACGACCUCCUUGUUGUUUCACGUUUUUAUCGCCGUCUGCGCCUGGACCGCCUUGCCCAGCUUGUCGGCCUUACGCCAGAGCACACAGAGGAGUUCCUCAUGAUGAUGGUGGCCUCCAAAACGCUCUAUGCGAAGAUGGACCGUGUGGAUGGCCUGGUGGUCUUUGAGGCAAAAAAGAAUGCCACGGAAGUCAUCAACGGCUGGAACGAGGCGGUGGAACGAAGUGUAGCGCUGUUGGACAAGGCGUCACACCUCAUUGUGAAGGAGCGGAUGCUGCACAAUAUAUCCGCUGCGCGGGCGCAGCAGGCAGUGACCCUGUAA